AUGCAGAAAGAAAAGGUUAAACCAGAGUUCUAUGAACUCCUAAACCAGAGAGUAACUCACCAAACAAAUUUUCUCAAUACAGUUAAUAAAUGUGCUGUCAACUUCAGUUCAGAGGACAUUCCAAAUGGCAUUGGUUUUGGAGGAAAAGUAAAUCACUUAGGAUUAUUCAUCUCAGCAAACUUUGAUCAAGGACAUACAUUUUCAUGUUCAACAUUUGGUAACCCCUGCCUCUCCAAAACCAAUAGGAUAAUACCUGAAACAAUAGAAUGCUGGGGAGUGACUCAAGGUGUACAAAACAAGAAUGAUGGUGUUAAGGGAACUGUACUCGAGAGGUUUAAGGAAGACCGGCAUAUGCUCAAUAUGGUAGGACUAGCAAAUUCGAGCGAGUAA